AUGGCUAACUCAACAGAGACAAAUGCAUCUCUCAGCAACUUAACGGAGAUUGAAAGAGGGAGUUCUUACAAAACAGUUGAAGUAAUCUUCAUUGUGAUUGUGGCAGGAUCAUUGAGUCUGGUGACCAUUAUUGGAAACAUUCUGGUUAUGGUUUCUAUCAAAGUAAACAGACAGUUACAAACAAUUAACAAUUAUUUUAUUUUCAGUUUAGCCUGUGCUGAUUUGAUUAUUGGGGUGUUCUCCAUGAACCUGUACACCAUUUACAUUGUAAUUGGCUACUGGCCCAUGGGUCCAGUGGUGUGCGAUUUAUGGCUGGCUCUAGAUUAUGUUGUCAGUAAUGCAUCUGUCAUGAACCUUCUUAUCAUCAGCUUUGACCGCUACUUCUGUGUGACAAAGCCCCUCAGCUACCCUGUGAAGAGAACGACCAAGAUGGCAGGGAUGAUGAUCGCAGCUGCUUGGGUGCUGUCAUUUAUCCUGUGGGCUCCUGCCAUUCUCUUCUGGCAGUUCAUUGUAGGUGGGCGGACAGUUAAUGAGGGUGAGUGCCAUGUACAGUUUUUCUCAAAUCCAGUUGUCACUUUUGGCACUGCAAUAGCAGCCUUCUAUCUACCGGUUAUUAUCAUGACUAUUUUGUAUGUGCACAUAUCUCGUGCCAGCAAGAGUCGGAUAAAGAAGGAUAAGAAGGAGCCAGAGUCCAACAAAGGCACCGUUUCUCCCAGUCUAGUGAGAGGCAAAAUAAUGAAACCGAAUAAUAACAACAUUUCAAGUGCACCUGAUGGGUUGCAGGAUGUCAAAGUGCAAAAUGGCAAGGCAGCUGGUGAAAUAAUGACAGAUAAUUGUGGCCAAGGAGAGGAGAAGGAGGUCUCCAAUGACUCCACUUCCCUCAGUGUGGUCCCUUCCAUCCAGAAGGAGGAAGGAGUGAUUGAAGAGAGCACAAAGGUCUCCACUACACAAAGCCGCUUUAGGAUCGACAGCUCCAAACUCUCCUGCAUAAAGGUCGUCACUAAAUCUCAAAAGAGUGACUACUGUGCCACCACAGUUGAAAUAGUGCCAGGUAAUAGCAACAAGAACGGUAAAGACAGAGAGAUCACAGCAGCCCACAAGAUCAUUAAAAUGACAAAGACCCCUGCUAAGAAGAAGAAGGGAGCUGUAACUCGGGAGAAGAAGGUGACCAGGACCAUCCUGGCUAUUCUGCUGGCAUUUAUCGUCACCUGGACCCCAUAUAAUGUCAUGGUGCUCAUUAACACCUUCUGUUCAGUCUGUGUCCCUAACACAGUCUGGACUAUUGGAUACUGGCUCUGUUACAUCAACAGUACCAUCAACCCAGCCUGCUAUGCACUAUGCAAUACUACCUUCAAGAAAACCUUCAAACAUCUUCUCUUGUGUCAGUAUAAAAACAUUGGUGCAACAAGAUAA